AUGAAAUCACCCCCUUUUUUCGAGGGGGGAGUUUUCUCAUUAGUGCAGCAGAUGAAAAGUUGUUUAACUUGACGUUUUGACGUUUAUUGGAACUUUGAUCCAUUCCGUGAGGGACUUGGGGAUCAUGCAUCCUGCAUCCUGCAUCCUGCGUUUUCUUUGUUUUGUUUUGUUUUGUUUUGUAUUUAUGUUUUUUUUUUUUUUUUUUUCGUUUUUUUCUCCCUUUCUUGUCUCUCUUUUCAAUUGGAGUAGAUCAAAAAUAAGUAAACGUAUGGUAUUCCGAAUCCAUGAUCGAACUUUUUGUCCUGACCCUCCUCCCCGGCUCUCCUCUUUCAGGUCUCCUUCUUUUCUUGGGUUCUUGGACAGGUAGAUAAAUAGAUAGGUAAACGGACAGACAGACAGGUGAACAGAUAGGUCACUCACAACUACGUAGUGUCAAAAGAAAACGUCGCG